AAUUUAAUGUGUAUUUAUUCGAACCACUACCAUGUUCUUUUUUGGUGACCACGUGGCGGCGGCAACAGCUUCCCGUGCCAGAACUCGUCAACUUUGACUCCGGAAGCGGAAAUUCUUUCCUUUCUUGUUUCUGCUUCGUUUAGAGAAACACUGUGACAAUGGCUCCUCGUAAAGGGAAGGAAAAGAAGGAGGAGCAGGUCAUCAGCCUUGGACCUCAGGUGGCUGAGGGAGAGAAUGUGUUUGGAGUCUGUCACAUCUUUGCUUCCUUCAACGACACCUUUGUCCAUGUCACUGAUCUAUCUGGGAAGGAGACGAUCUGCCGUGUGACUGGUGGCAUGAAAGUGAAGGCCGACAGGGAUGAGUCGUCUCCAUAUGCCGCCAUGUUGGCAGCACAGGAUGUGGCUCAGCGCUGCAAGGAGCUUGGAAUCACAGCACUGCAUAUCAAGCUCAGAGCCACUGGAGGAAACAGGACAAAGACUCCAGGUCCUGGAGCUCAGUCUGCUCUCAGAGCUUUGGCUCGAUCCGGCAUGAAGAUCGGACGCAUUGAGGACGUCACUCCGAUCCCAUCAGACUCAACCAGGAGGAAGGGCGGACGCCGUGGUCGCCGUCUGUAAACUCUGAAAAUUUUCCCACAAUAAAAAUGUUAAAUUUA